GUUCAGUUGUUUCGAUCGUAGGUGCUUUCACUCAAACUCAUUGCCGAGUCGUCCGAUCACACACACACACACACACAGUGAGUCAGUUCGCGUGAGAACCGGAUCCGGCGUUUCGUCCGCUUCGGAACCAUCAGGGUACCGAUCCGGCCACCCUUCGUUUCGAGACUGUGGUUUUGUGCAGUGUCAAGUGAUGACAAUUACCAAUUUUCAGGGAAUUAUGAACCAGCAAGCGGCUUUCAGUGGGUACCCGUUUCAAGGCCAGGGCAGAGUCAAUCAGCUGGGAGGAGUUUUCAUUAACGGCCGACCUCUGCCCAAUCAUAUCCGGUUGAAAAUUGUGGAGUUGGCAGCGGCCGGAAUCCGGCCCUGCAUUAUAUCACGCCAACUCAGGGUGUCGCACGGCUGUGUCAGCAAAAUACUGAACCGAUACCAGGAAACAGGCUCAAUCCGACCGGGAGUGAUCGGGGGCAGUAAACCGAAGCUGGCCACUCCCGAAAUCGAGUCGCACAUCGAACAGUACAUGAGGGAACGGCCUGGAAUGUUCAGCUGGGAAAUCAGGGAGCGACUGGUCAGUAGCGGGGUGUGCGACAGCAGUUCCGCGCCCAGCGUUUCGGCCAUCUCGAAAAUCCUCAGAGCCCGACACGGCGACACCGACGAUAAAUCGUCCGAAAAUGACGGCGGAUCAGAGUGCGAAAGCGAGCCCGGGAUUCCGCUGAAGCGCAAGCAGCGCCGCUCCAGAACCACCUUCACCGCACAACAGCUGGAUGAGCUGGAAACCGCCUUCAAUCGCACGAGUUAUCCAGAUAUUUACACGCGUGAGGAAAUCGCACAACGCAUCAAGUUGACCGAGUCCCGAGUGCAGGUGUGGUUCAGUAACAGACGGGCGCGGUUCCGGAAGCAGGGAGGCCACAAUCCGGGCUUCAAUAACGUCGGCCUGCCCUAUUCGUCAGCUGCCAGCCCCUACAAUCAGGCGAUGGCCUGUUCCCAAGGCGUCUAUAGCGGGCCUUCGACCAAUCAGGGGGUCGAGGUGUACUCAACGCAAAGCUCAUCCCCAAACGUGCCGCUGGCCAACGUGAAGUGGGAGCACCCGAUCAACCACGCCGCCUUCCCGUCGCACCACAUGUUCCCCAGCCAUGGCAUGGGCUUGAUGUCGCCCGCCCACGGCAACCACGCCGCUGCGCCCAUUCCCCAAGCGCCCACUGAGAGCGACUUGGCGCAUGGCGCCGCCACAAGUGCGCCCACCCUGCAGACGCUGGAAUCGCGCACCGGCAAUGUGGAGCGUGCGGCGGCCGACAGUCUGAUUCGCCAGGUUCCAGCCAGUCCAGGCCACGCCUACAACAAUGUGCCGCCCAGCCCCGCCCAUGCCUAUGCCAGUUCGGUUCCGCUCAGUCCAGCUGCCACGUACAACAGCACCAUGGUACCCACUUCGGCCUCCGCCUUGACUCUUCUGGGAUCGCACAAUAGCAGUUCAAGCAGCAGAGAAACGGGCGGCCAAGUCGAGCAGCCGAACAUGGGCGGGCAUCAGCUACCCAACUGUCAAAUGUCGCCCAAUCAUCAGCUGCGUGAGCUGAGUCCCGUCAACAACUUGCAGAUGAUUGGCGGCGGCCUCGGCCAAUCGCUGACCACUUUCGGCCAAAACAUGCUCUACUCCUGCCCUGGCCAUCCGUACAAAGCCUACCAAUCCUCUGUGUACGACUGGUUUUCAAACACCGCCUAAUGCUGCGAAACUGGUGGGAUCCUGCUAGUCCAAUCGGGAUAAAUUGGCCCUCAAUGGGCCCUUGAACAAGUGUGCAUAGGCGAUAGUGAUCCCAUAGUGAUAUCACGGUACAUAUAAGUCUGAAAAAAUCCACUGGUUGGUCGUGGUUAUUGGAGCAAAACACCCUGUAUAUUCGUGUAGAUACUAGUUUCGGUAGCAUUAAGUUCGGUGGCUGGACUAUUGGGCACAUCUGAUUUAUUCACACCAAACAUCACUUUUCCCGUAUUGUCGUGCAUUGAUUGGUUGAUUUGCUAAGAGUGUUGAUGUUGUGUUGUCUGAUCUAAAUGAUAGUGUGAUCGGCAGUAAACGGCCGACUAUUUUCCUACUCUUUAGGGCUUAGGCUAUUUUUGUAAUAGUGUUUUGAACGAUUAAAAUAAAAGGAUGA